CGCCGUGCCAGAUCAGAAGAGAGGAGGCGGCCCCUCUGGUGAAAACAGCGCUUUGAACGUCUAACGUCAACCUAGCUUUUAACGGGGUUGAGGCAUUAUGGGCAAUACCAGUGACAGGGUGUCUGGAGAUCGCCAUGGGGCCAAAACCCAUCGCUCUGACAGUGGGGGAAGUCACAAAGACCAUGAACCCAGCAGCAAGAUGGUGGACAGCACGGACGAUCCCAACAUUUUCAACACCCAUGGACCUGAGUCAAAGGCUUUAGGAGAGAAAGAGUUCACCCCAGACCUGGAUGACCUGGUGAAAACAGGUCCUCAGGCCAGACCAACUGUCAUUCGAUGGGCUGGUGGGGGCAAGGAGGUCUAUAUAGCUGGCUCCUUCAAUAACUGGAGUACCAAGAUCCCUCUAAACAAAAGCCAUAAUGACUUUGUAGCAAUCCUGGACUUGCCAGAGGGAGAGCACCAGUACAAGUUCUUUGUGGAUGGACAAUGGGUCCAUGAUUCUUCAGAGCCGGUGGUAACCAGCCAGCUUGGCACCAUCAACAACCUGAUCCAUGUGAGGAAGUCUGACUUUGAGGUGUUUGAUGCCCUGCAGGUGGACUCAUUGGAGUGCUCUGACACAUCAGAUUUGUCCAGCUCUCCCCCAGGGCCUUACGGACAGGAGCAGUACAUCUUCAGACCUGAGGAGCGUUUUAAAGCCCCCCCUAUACUCCCCCCGCACCUCCUUCAAGUCAUACUCAACAAGGACACAAACAUAUCUUGUGACCCUGCCUUGCUUCCUGAACCAAACCAUGUCAUGCUGAACCACCUGUAUGCUCUGUCAAUAAAGGAUGGUGUGAUGGUGCUCAGCGCGACUCACCGGUACAAGAAGAAAUAUGUCACAUCUUUGCUUUACAAGCCGAUCUAAGCCUCAUCUACAUGCUCCACGGUGCUUAUAGAGAGCGGCAUGUUUGUAUUCUGCUGGUUUUUAUCAUCACAUUUAGCGGAAAAUUGCACUAAAACAACGGACGUCAGGUCAGCCAAAAGGUUCACACAUUUCUGCGUAGAGCUCUGAACAAAAAGAGUGCCCUGACAAUAUGCACAAGGUGGCUGCUCGGCCCGGGCCUCAAAUUCAACAGAAUAAUAAUGGUUCUGUGGCGUUUUCCUGUUGCACAUCUACAGUUAUCUGAUGAUAAGGAACUGAGGAAACCACUGUGUGUGCGAGUGUGUGUGUGUGUGUGUUUGCAGCACCCGGGGAUUCUUUGCAUGUUGGUGUGCACAAAGAAAACGUAGCUUUUUUUUGUAUGACAGGGAUAAAAGGAAGGGUCAGAUGACAGCGCACAGAGCUGUCUUACGCUGGUACGAGUGCCAUGAGAUCAGUAGCUUUGUAUUGAAAAGUCUAUUUCAUUAUUGCACUUUCAAAGGAUAUUCUAAUUGAAAAUAGAUUUUGAGUUUUAUUGGUGUGGAUAGAGUAUUGUGACCCCUCUAUGGAUCGGAUAGAGUUCAGUUCUCACACUUGGGAACUUCAGGUCAUCUUCGGUGGUUGCUUGCGGAAUGACCAAGCAGCCAAAAUGGCCGUCAGUAAGACCUGAACAUCACUGAGUACAGAAAACGUGACACAACUUGAUUGUAAAGUACAAUACACUGGGCUGUAGGACGAAAUCUAGUUUACUUCAAAGCAAGGUCAGCAGUGGGACAUUUAGUUCCUGUUGGAUGGUCAGCACCCACCAAAGGGAUGUUUUGAGGGAGAAGGAGGAGGUAGUGAACAUCUUAUGUAAGCAACAUAAUCACAAAUUGUGUUGUAUCUUAGUACUGGGGUAACUGAUAAAUGAGUAAAACAACAGAUGAGUGGGAGAUUGCGAACCGUCAACAAAUGUCCGUUUUGUGUCCACCGUUUGUAGACAAUGUGGUUAUUCCAGAUAACCCCCUCCUACGCACAUACACCCACGCCCACCUGAGACUCGGAUGUUAGUGUGAAUUGAUGAUCCUACUGGGUUGGACUAAGGUAGACGGGGAAGGUAAUACCCCCCAGGGCUGCGAGCCUGUGUUUAGUUAAUGCUGUUGCCUUUAUCUUGACAAAACGCUGCGAGCACUUUAACCCAUCCUGUGAGCAGGUAUGUUGACAUAAGCUUUUAACUAUGCAGCAGACAACUCUCGUACUGUAGCUGUUUUUUUUUUUUUUUUUAUUUCACAGUCCAAUCUGCAUUUUAGAGAGAUGCUAAAGUUGCGGUGCUUUGUAUGUGUGUGUAUACGCGUCUAGUUCUAUUUAUCAAAUAGGAAUGUAAUGUAUUUCUGUUGUGUGUAUUUAUAUACAAUGACUUAUACACCCAAAAAGUUGCAGCUGCUUUGCAUGUGUGGAAUGUCUAUAAGUUAUACGAGUCAUGAGUGCUUUUGACCAGUGUGCCCACCCCCCUACCCCACAUAGUGUUUGAGGUCUAAUUUUGAAAGGUAUUGCAAAAUAUAUUGCCAACUUGGACUUCUGAGGUCCUGAACAGCGGUUGCGUUUGAGACUGUUCUUCAUUUUAUCUUGAAAGAUAACCCUGCGGAAGUGUCUGUUUGCAAGGAGUGUACAGAGCAUGGCACUCCAGCCAGUCUUUUGACAAACGGGUAGGCCUAACCACACUUCCUGUUUCUUCUAACUUGCAGUAAAGUGAAUAUGAGCUCGACAGAGAUCAACAAAUGUUACUUCAUCAUCAUUUUAAACUUCACCAUUGGCGGUCAGACAGUUUCGGUAUCUGCCCGUAUGCUUCCGUAAUAGACAGCCGAAUUCUGCAGUGGGCUUGAACGAACUGAUGACAGUAAAAACAAUAGAAGGCGAAUAAUAACUUGUGUUAGAUACAUGUCCAGUGAAGUGAUAUAAGAAGGUUAAAUAAGUUAUAGACAUUCAAAAUGAGUAUAUAUCUCUGGAGAUAAAAGGGAGGACAAGGAUAUUGUGCAUUUAUGCCAAAAACCAAAACUUGAAUUUUACAACUAUUUUGUGUUUGUCAAGAAAAUACUUUGCAGCACCAGUGUUCAAAUCCAGUGUACGGGCUUUUACUUGGUUGCAAAUAAAGAGAGGGCACGUUGUUCCUCCUUCCU